UGCUGUGAGUUCCUCCAGACCGGCAGGGGGCGAGCUGAAGAUGCGGCCAACAAGUUGCGGAUGAUGCCCUCUUGUUCCGCGUUGCAAUCUUUGUCGUGUCCCCCUCCGCGUGGGUUAGCGGGAGCCACGCGACUCCGGCCGUUCGGGACCCUACCGGCCGAUCUGAACGAUGGCUGAGAAGAGUGAAGCUGCCGGCCGUGGGCGCGCCCAGCAGUCGCUGUCGCUCGAGCCCAAGCUGCAGAAAGAGUUUCAGCAGAAGUUGCAUGGGAUGAAGAAGCAGCCGAAGGCAAAGCUGACAUCAGGUGUAAUUUACUUGGGCCAUGUACCCAAUGGAUUCUUUGAACCACAGAUCAGGAAAUACUUCUCCCAAUUUGGAACAGUUCUAAGACUUCGCCUUUCACGAAGCAAAAAGACUGGGCGCAGUAAAGGAUAUGCAUUUGUGGAGUUUGAGUGCGAUGAAGUUGCUAAAAUUGUUUCAGAAACCAUGAACAACUAUUUAUUCGGUGAACGGCUGUUGAAAUGUCAGGUUGUUCCACCAGAAAAAGUGCACCCACAACUUUUCAAAGGUAGUAACAGAUUUUUUAAGAAGCCUACAAACCCAGCAGUUGCUCGUUACAACAAGAAGCGAAACUGGAAAGAAGAAAAAAUUAUGUCACAGAGACUUCUUGAGAAAGAGGGACGGUUACGAAGAAGGCUUGCAAAGAAAGGAAUUGACUAUGACUUUCCUGGUUUUGCUGCAACAAUGCCUCGAAAGAAAAAAAGGUUUCCUAAAAAAUUGAAUGAUACAGUGAACAGCCAGGAUGUAACUCCCGUCUGCACACCUGCUGUUCUGAAACAACGCCAGAAGUGUAAAGGUCUCAAUGAUACAGAUGAUGAAAUCACAUUCAAAGUACCACUCUCUGAAAAGACUUCUAAAAAGCAAACUGAAUCAUUAGCUGAAAAAGUGAAAAAAACAAAAAAAAUGAAGGUGAAAAGAAAAAUUCCAGGCAAAUGAAAGGAAUUUGUGAACAAAGAAUCCGGAGAAACCUAACAGCAAUGAAUUGGGAACAUUGAUGCCAUUAUUUUGUAGAAAAUUCUACUAAAAUUUUUGAUGAAUCGUGAAGGCAGUUCUUUAAGGUGCCUUUGCUGUGUGACUAGUUGUGCUUGGAAAGUUAAAGGUUCUACAUUUUAAGCUUUGUUUUAAUUUAAUUUUAUACAUCUCCCAAGAUUCAGGCAGCUUAAAUAUUUUGUACAGUGAUCAAUUCAAAAUAAAUGUAUUACACCUGCUUGAAAUUAUUUGAAUACAGAUAUGUAAACAAAUUUUCAAUAAAAAUUCCUUUGCUAAAGAGACUAUUUCAAACUUGGUAUCUUUUUAAAGUUGAACAGAUUUCAACUGCAAGCUUAGUAAAAUAUUGGUAUUUGAAGAAUAUUGGUAUUGGAAAAUGUAUCAUUUUACUUAAUCCUUUACAUAUAGCUAUAUGACUUUCUGGUUUUUAGUUAUGCCUUAGCUAAGAAAGCCAAGUAUGUGACCAGUAGUGUGCUGCUGUAACACUGGACAAUUUUCUUUAGAAAAUCUUGCUUCGUUGAUUUUUUUUUCUUUAUGACAGACUACUUGAACCUGAAAAUAAAGGUAA